AUGAGCAAAACUCAACAAGUGCAAAGGAAAACACAGCCUUUCAAAAGACAUGUUAGGCCAAUUACAACAAAAUCAGUGAAUAAAGCACAAAGUGAUUCUGAUUCAGAUUUUGAUUACCUUUAUGCUGUGAAACAGAAGAAAAAACCUGGUAACGCUGUUACUGCCAAAAUCAGUGAUUACAAAUGUGAUUUACUUGUGGACACAGGAGCCUCAGUAAAUAUUCUUGAUGAAGAAACAUUUAGUCAGAUACCAUCAGAUCCUAAAUUAGAGAAAACAACAGUUAAAGUGUACCCAUACAACAGCAACAGCCCUGUGACAUUGUUAGGAAAAUUCCAAGCCACUGUGGAGACCAAAAAGCGCAUUACUGUAGCCACAUUUUAUGUCACAGAAGGGAACUCUGGUUCACUAUUAGGUUCAGAGACAUCCCAAGAACUUGGUCUUGUUACAUUUCAUAUCAAUCCAAUGGUUUCAAAAGUGAAAGAUAAAAAUGUGAAACCACAAAUUGCUUCCACCUGCUCAUGGAUUCCUAUCAGAUCUACCCAUGAUAAAUCAGUUGAUGCUGCUUUACUUGCAAAUAAAGAAAUUUUUAGAGGAAUAGGAAAGUUAGAUGGAGUUCAAAUUAAAUUAAACAUUGAUGAAAAUGUAACUCCAGUUGUUCAAAAUACCAGACGCAUACCAUUCCACAUCAGAAAGCAAGUAGAAGAAGAAUUGCUAAGUCUGGAAGCACAAGGAAUAAUAGAGAGAGUGCCAGAGGGGCAAGCAACCCCUUGGAUAUCCCAGAUAGUUGCAGUACCAAAGAAGGACAAUAAGUCAAUUCGGAUUUGUGUUGAUAUGCGUUCAGCAAACACAGCCAUAAAAAGAGUUAGGCAUGUCAUGCCCACAGUUGACGAAAUUAUGGUACAAUUAAAUGGAGCCAAAUUCUUUUCAAAGAUUGACCUUAGUCAAGCUUACCAUCAAUUAGAAUUGCACAAAGAUAGCAGAUAUAUCACUACAUUCAGCACGCACAUUGGUUUAUUCCAAUACAAAAGAUUGAACUAUGGCACGAAUGCAGCUGCUGAGUUAUUUCAACAUACAUUACAAGAAGCUUUAAAGGGUAUAGAUAAUGUCAGAAACUUAGCAGAUGAUAUUAUCAUUUUUGGCAAAACCAGAGCAGAGCAUGAUAAAGCAUUGAAUGAAUGUCUUGCAAGAUUAAAGGCAAGAAAGCUCACAAUAAACAGAGACAAAUGUAAAUUUUUACAACCAGAACUUUCAUUCUUUGGUAUGGUAUUUUCAGAAGAUGGUGUCAAGCCAGAUCAAAAGAAGAUUGCAGAUUUAGUAGAUGCUCCUAUACCAAACAAUGCAUCAGAAGUGAGAAGUUUAUUAGGAAUGGCAAAUUUCAGUGCAAAGUUCAUACCAAAUUUUGCAGAUAUAACAGAACCACUGAGAAGAUUAACUCACAAAAACAUUGUAUUCAAAUGGGAGAAAGAACACUCACAAGCAUUUAAGAAACUCAAAGAUGUUCUGACAGACAGUCCAGUUAUGACAUAUUUUGAUAUUGAAAAAGAAACAUACCUGAUUGUAGAUGCCAGUCCCAUUGGUAUUUCUGCAAUUCUUGCACAAUCAAACAAAGAUGAGCCUCAAAAAGUGAUUGCAUAUGCCAGUAGAGCACUUACCCCUGUGGAGCGUCGAUACUCACAAACUGAGAAAGAAGCACUUAGUAUUGUGUGGGGUACUGAGCAUUUUCAUAUGUAUCUUUAUGGAAAAAGUUUCAACCUGAUAACAGAUCACAAGCCUUUGGAGGUGAUUUAUGGGAACCCUAAAUCAAAACCAUCAUUACGCAUUGAAAGAUGGGUGCUCCGCUUACAGCAAUAUUGUUUCAAAGUUAUUUACAAGCCUGGAAAAGAUAAUCCGGCUGACUUCAUGUCAAGAUAUCCUACAACAGUCAGUGUCAAAGAAAACAUGGCAGAUGAGUAUGUGAGAUAUAUAACAAUAAAUGCGAUACCAAAAGCCAUGACCAUAGAAGAAGUACAAAGAGAGACAGAAAAGGAUGGGACACUCCAAGCAGUCAUAAAAGCAAUUAAAACAGGAGAUUGGAGUAACCAGUUUUUAGUACCUUACAAGUUAGCCAAAGAUUCAUUGACAAUAAAUCAUGCAAAUGGAAUUAUUUUGCGGGGAAACCAAAUUGUCAUGCCUAAAUCACUAUGGAAAAGAUCAGUAAAACUAGCUCACGAGGGUCACCAGGGCCUUGCUAAGACUAAAGCCCUGAUCAGAGAAAAAGUUUGGUUUCCAUUUAUUGAAAAAUUGGUAACAGAAGAGAUUAAUAGCUGUUUACCUUGUCAAGCAGUGGGAACACAAAAAGCACCAGAACCAUUGCGAAUGAGACCUAUGCCAUCUGGACCUUGGAAAAAACUGCAUAUUGACUUUUAUGGACCACUUCCAAGUAGUGAGUAUGUACUUGUUAUUGUAGAUGCUUAUUCUAGAUUCCCCAUAACAGAAAUUGUAAAAUCUACUGCUGCUUCAACCAUUAUUCCAAAAUUAGAUCAAGUUUUUGCAAUGCAUGGACUUCCUGAAGAAAUAGUAACAGACAAUGGUCCACCAUUUAAUGGUGAUGAUUUUAAAAGAUACUUGAUGACUCUAGGAAUAAAGUUUGACCCUUCUACACCAUUAUGGCCCCAAGGGAACUCAGAGGUAGAGAGAUUUAACCAACCUCUAGGAAAAGCAAUUAGAGCUGCAUGUAUAGAAAAUAGAAAUUGGAGACAAGAACUUCAAAGAUUUUUAUUGAGUUAUAGAUCCACCCCACAUGCAACCACAAAGAUUGCACCUUCAGAACUGUUAUACAAUAGGGUCAUUAGAGGGAAACUACCUUGUUUAAUCAAGACAAGUAAAUCUAAAAGACACAGAGAAGCUCAGGAAAAUGAUGCAGUAGGGAAAGAGAAGAUGAAAAGCUAUGCAGACAAAAGAAGACACACAAAGAUUUCUGAUAUCAAAGUUGGUGAUACAGUUUUGUUAAAACAAGAUAAAAAGAACAAGUUUUCUGCAAACUUUGAAAGCACUACUUACAAAGUUAUAUAUCGUAAAGGUUCCAGAGUAACAGCAGAAAGACAAGAUGGAAGGAAAGUCACUAGAAAUAUUAGCUUUUUCAAAAUGUUUAGUAAGAAAGAUGAUGAUGAUGAUGAUUUGUCUGAUGAUGACAAUCACAAAAGAACAGAAACAGUCGAAGAGAAUAACAGAGAAAACAGAUAUCCUCUUAGACAAAGGCGAAUGCCUGAAAGAUAUGGAACAGUUGUAGCAACAGACUAG